AUGAGUGCCUCUCCUGCGCCUUCGGUGCGCUUUGCAAGCUUGCCGCGGAUCACAUCUACUGCUGCCAUGUCCACGGCGUCUGACUUUCAGCCCACCCAUGAGUCUGAUGAGGACGAGCAUGACAUGUCUCCUCAGCACUCGGGCACGCAGACGCCCUCUGGCAUGCGUACGCCAAACCACAACUCUAGCUACGAUGAUUCAUUCCGCUACGAGACUAUGAUCAACUAUCUUCACAAGCGCAUCGUCGCCUCUGGCUGGAUGCCUUCUUCCGAAAUGUCCUUCCCUCACCAGCCUCUGGGCGUUCUCCUCCGCAUCUCUCGCGGAAACUACAUCUCUUCGCCCGAGGACCCUGCCCAUCCUCUGCUGCUCGGCGCCGUGAUCCGCCUCAACCUCGCUGUGGCCUUCACCAUGCGCUCGCAGAUGCUGGACGGCAUCUUGGCCAAACUCCCCCAGGGCCAGUCGGAACUUCGUUUCAAGGACGGCUCGCAGAUCCAGAUUCUUGAUUCCAUGGCCUCCGCGCAGCCCUCCAACGUCCGCAAGUUUCAGUACGGCUGCAUCUUCCGCGAAGAGCGCGUCCUGCUCACCUGGCAAGACAGCCUGCAGCACAUCAUCUCGCAGGGCAACAAGUUUGAAGAGAAGCUUCUGUCCAUGGUCUGGGGCGAGUCCUCAUCCAUCCCCGCCAACCUGCUGCAGAUGCCUAGCCGUCCUCCAUCCAUCUACUCUGGCGCUUCUACCCCCGCUGGCGCCAUGACGCCCAACCCCAUGCACGCCGCUCUCUCUGAGAAGACAGCUUCUGUCUUCGCCUCCCAAAACCCCUCUGAAGACGACAUCACCAUGGAAAAGGACGACGCCGUCGACCGCCCCGAGUCCCUGGAGCGUCCUGUGAUGCACACCUCUGCCGUCUUCAUCGGCCUGUCCGUCUGUCUCUCCAUCAUCCUCCUCUGGGGCGUCUACAUCUCCAAGAUUGUCUCCGAGUGCCUGCUAGACGGCAACUGGGUCCGCAUGGCGCUGAUUGCCCCGAUCCCCUUACUCAUGUGUGUCUCGCUCUUCUUCUUCCAGAUUGUCCUCACCAAUCUGACGCAGAUGAUUGGCCCUAUUGGCGGCGUCCACACCAACUCCCGCUACUACUCCUGCUACAAGCCCUCCUUGAAGCGUGCGUUCCGCGACGGCCUUGGCGCCGGCGGUCUGCCUCUCAUUACCAUCCAGAUGCCCGUGUACAAAGAAGGUCUCGAGGUUGUCAUUAUGCCCACUGUCCGCUCCCUGCAGGCUGCGAUCAGCCACUACGAGAGCCAUGGCGGCUCGGCCAACAUCCUGAUCAACGAAGACGGUCUGCGUGCCGGUAUUUCAGACGAGGAAGCGCAGAACCGACGCGACUUUUACCACGAUAACAAUAUUGGCUGGGUAGCUCGCCCUAAGCACGGCGCCGACGGCUACGUCCGCAAGGGCAAGUUCAAGAAGGCGUCCAACAUGAACUUUGCCCUGAACCUGUCGCAGCGUGUCGAGAACCACUUGGAGCAGCUUGUCAAUGCCCGUCUGGAAGCGGAUGGUGCCACUACUAUUUCUGAAGAAACACAGGGUGAACUCUACGACCAGGCGCUCGCCAAGACGCUCGAGGAAGAGCCUCUUGCUUGGGCCGAGGGCAAUGUCCGUGUCGGUGAGAUUAUCCUCAUUGUCGACUGCGAUACUCGUGUCCCUGAAGACUGCCUCUUGUACGGUGCCGCCGAGAUGUUCCUGUCCCCUGAAGUCGCUAUUGUCCAGCACUCCACUGGCGUGAUGCAGGUUGCCUACGACUACUUUGAGAACGGCAUCGCCUUCUUCACCAACCUCAUCUACUCGUCCAUCAACUUCUCCAUUGGCUCUGGUGAAGUCGCCCCCUUUGUCGGCCACAACGCCUUCUUGCGCUGGGCUGCCAUCCAGGACAUUGGCGUCAAGGAGUCUGACAACUACACUGCCUUCUGGUCCGAGUCCCACGUCUCCGAGGACUUUGAUGUUGCUCUUCGUCUGCAGAUGGCUGGCUCUGUUGUCCGCAUUGCCAACUACCACAACAAUGAGUUCAAGGAGGGUGUGUCGCUGACGAUUUACGACGAAAUCGCCCGCUGGCAAAAGUACUCGUACGGUGUGUCUGAGCUCAUCUUCCGUCCUUUUCGCUACUGGUACAAGGGCCCCUUCACCCCCAUGUUCUACACUUUUAUUGGUUCCGAUCUCAACUACUCCUCCAAAAUCUCCAUCUGGGCCUACAUGUGCAGCUACUACGCUCUUGGCUCGGCCCUCAUGCUGACCAUUAUGAACUACUUUGUUGUUGGCUGGUUCCGCGACGACAUUUCCGCUUGCUACUUGACCUCGUGGAACGUCUUCCUUUCGCUGGUUGUCGUCUUUAACGCCUCUGGUCCUAUUGCCCUGGCUAUUCUCCGCUACCGCACUGGCGAAAAGUCCCUACUUGGCGGCCUUGUCGAGAACUUCAAGUGGACGGCGCUCAUGACUGUUCUGUUUGGCGGUCUCUCGUUCCAUAUUAGCGCGGCCUUCCUUGCUCACUUGUUCAGUGUCGACAUGACUUGGGGCUCUACCUCCAAGGAAAAGGUCGAAAGCAACUUCUUCCAGGAGAUGCCCAAGAUCUUCAAGACAUUCUGGAUCAUGUAUGCCUUCAUUGUCGUCAUGACCGGUGCCAUGAUCUACCUCGGCGCCUUUGCUCCUGCAGACUGGGCCAUCAACGACUUUACCGUUGUCCUCCCGCUUGCCUUUAACUUGUUCUUCCAUGCCCUUUGCCCUAUUGUCCUCAACCCCAACCUCAUGGUCUUCAACUACUAAGGCCUGAGGUUUUUCUUUUUUGUGCUUGUUGCAAUUGACGAGGUAGCUGUUAGGCUUCUCCACGCAUGACGAUUCAUUACUAGAUACCAUUAGAAGCAUAGACUGAUUUGAAAGCGACUACUAGCGCUACGAUCUUAACACCUAAUCCAAUACAUAUUUAUAUAUAUAUACCUAUUUCAGCACUUUUGUGCCGUGAUGAAAUGCAAAAUCAAGUGAAAUUUUGUGUGGAACUCACAAGCCGCUCAUGAUAUCUUAUAGCAGUAAAAUAACCAAGUAUACAUCUUCCAUCCUAUCCUAUAUACUAUUUUAGCCGCGAUAGUCCGGCUUUCGCGACAAGUUGACGGGUGGUGGCUCGUCGUCGUCCAAUGGAUAUGGAGCAAAUUCGCCCUGUGGGAUAACAGCAGAUCUGGGCGGUCCGCGCAGAGGUGCCAUCUGAGGAGCUGGGGCAUAACUGUCAUGUUGCAGUGGUGUUUUGGGUGGUAGAGGCGGCGCUUCUGCGUAUGGCAAGGGCUGCGUUACGUUGGCGGAGAAUCCCGAACCAGCAGAUGCAUUUCGGUACUGUGCGGGCGUCGGUGCAAACGAGGUAAGUCGAUCGUCGUUUCCGUCAUGGCCAUUCUGGGACGGGCGACGGUGAUGGAUUACCGAGAGGCGCUUGGCAGACUUGGGCGGCGGUGAGGAGCGCAAAGGAGGCGGGUGAAGAGGAGGAGGGUGCAGUGGGUGUUGGCCAGAUGACGAGCGCUGGUCGUAGUAUGAGCUGUGUGGAGACGGUGACAUGUUGGAAAUCGUUUCGUUGCCCAUUGUAAAACUGUCGGGUCGACCGGACUCGUUGGAUGCGCGGCUGCCGGGAGAUAGUGGCGAUGGGACAUAGUCAUACGGAACUUCGGCGGGCAGCUCAACAGCACCCGGGCUAGGGAUCUCGAAUUGGCCAGCCGAGUUGGUUUGAACAAGCUCCGGAAUGCCUUGGGCCUCGCGAUCGCGGCGCAUACGAAGCUUAUGAAUGCGAGCUAGCUUGCUCGACAUGCUCUGUAGCAUAUGUUGCUCCUCAUCGCGGCUCAUGUAGCGACGCGUGCUCGUGCUAAUAUCGCCCAGGCGGUUCCAUUCGUUCAUGCCGAAUUCGCCUACACCAAUUUCAACAUUUAGACGGUAGUAGUUGUCUGGGUUUACGCCUCUCUUUGCUAGGUUCUGGCGCAUCAUGGUCUCGUGGAUGCGCUCGCAGCCCUCAAUCUUGGAAAUGAGCCGGCGUCGGGCCUCGGCAAACUCACCCAUGAAUCCUUCGUACCAGGCCUGCUGGUUAGAGUCGGAACCGCGAGGUCGCUUUCCGGUGCCUACGCUAACAAAAACACCAAUCUCACGGCCGGGCCAUUCGUUGACCGCAGCUUCGUCGAGGGCUUCGGGGGCGGGGUUGAAGGUGCCAACGCCAUCAUCAUGGAAGGUGGACUGACCAAUCUGGAUGGGCUUAAAGGCUAGGCCAAUCGCAGAAGUAGCGCGGCCAGCCUGCCAAAUCUUGCAGUCGAAUUCGGGGGCCGGUUCGCGUUUAGAAUCGUAUGAUCGGAGCAUCGCUGCUGGGCUGCCGCGUGGUGACGAUUUGUACAUUGCCGUGACGGCGCUAGAAGACAAUCGUUAGCUACAUAUCCCAGAGUAGCCAAGAAUAAAACUUACGUCUUGGUGCGAUUUUCUCUAGCAUCGUAAAGACGAGCGUCUGGGUUUCCAUAGCGCGAGUUGGCAACGGGUCUGGCGGGGGCCAUUUGCGCAGCGGGACUCCGCGCGCUGAAGCUAACGGUACUGGCAUUGCUGGAAUGGCGCCUUGGAUAUUGCGAUGACGUCGGUCUCGAGCUAGAAGGGCUAGUAAUCUCGUCAAAGUCCGGUUCACCCGAAUCGUUUCCCUCAUUCUCGAGAACCGUGUGGUCGCGGACAGCAGCCUUGAUGGCGUCCUCCAGUCGGCUAGCUUUGAAGAGCGUUGAGCGGUACGGUAUACCAGCAAUCGUCUUAUCCGUCUCAAACACCAUGCGGGUCAUGCGCACAUAGAGCUCCUUGCACGUCUCCAGAUCCAGUCGCAAACGGCCCAGCAUAAUCGCAAUCAGACCGCCGGUGCCGGUGCCGACGAUGAGGUCGAAAUGGUCGGCAGGUUUGGGGAUCUCGUUUCGGCGGGGUGCUCGGCCAUGCAUCUCAACAAAGGUGCGGUGCAUGAGCUCCUGGACGAUAAUAAGCAUCGAAUAACCGCGGACGCCUCCUCCGUCUAGUCGUGGUUAGCUAGAGCUCACGCGCACGCGACGAGCUUUAAGAGGGCACCAGCAACUUACCGAGCGAGAGCACGCGGAGGGGCGCACCCUUUGUGGUGUCUUUUCUCCUGACACCGAAGGAGUCCAUGGCGGCGGUAAAGGGUGUUCACAGUCGACGUUGAGUUGUUUAAGAUGUACUUGGGGUAAGAUGUCGAGUUGAGAAAGUUACAAGUCCUCCUCCCCGCAGAGUGUGGAGGCGGGAAAAGCAAAAAAGCCAAGUGGAGGAUGCAACGAUGAUGUUGGGCCGCAGUGCCCG